AUGGCGGCCUUCCAGAUAAUCUCAGACCUGCACAUGGAGACGCAUCCCUCCUACGACUUCAAGAUCAAGCAGACGGCGCCCUAUCUUGCCCUGCUCGGCGACAUCGGACACCUCGAGCACGACGAGUUCUUCCCCUACCUCGAGGAGCUGCUCGCCAGAUACACGGCCGUCUUCCUCCUCUUCGGCAACCAUGAGCCCCAGAGCUUCACCAUGGAGGCCGCCAAAGCGAGAGUGCGAGCCUUUCAGGACCGCGUCUCGUCUUCCUCCAGCCUCGGACGCUUCGUCUUCCUCUCGCAGACUCGAUAUGAUGUCACGGACACGCUCACCAUCCUGGGCUGCACGCUCUACUCGCACAUCCUGCCGGACCAAGAGCAGGCCGUCGCCAAUCGCAUGUCGGACUUUAAGAUGAUCGUCGACUGGACGACCAAGGAGCAUAACCUAGCGCAUCGAUCGGAUCUCGACUGGCUCAACUCGCAGGUCGAGGAGAUCGAGCAGCGAGAACCCCAGCGGCGCAUCGCCAUCUUCACCCACCACGCUCCCAGCCUGGAUCCCAGGGCGGUCGAUCCCAAGUACGCGGGGAGCUCGGUGACGUCUGGCUUUGCGACAGAGAUGAAGGACGAGAAGUGCUGGACGAGCCCGGCUGUCAGGACGUGGGCGUUUGGCCAUACGCAUUACAAUUGCUCGUUCAUGGCGGACGGAGUCCAUGUCAUCGCAAACCAGAAGGGCUACUAUGUCUCGCCCAAGGAGACCUUUGAUCCUGAUCAUAUAGACGAUAGACUUGUAUCCAGCCGAGGUUUCAACUUCCAACUCCAACUUCAUCACUUCACCACCACCACAAUACUACUAUUCACGACAGCUCUAGAAUAUCCAGCUGUCAUCCUGGCUCGCCCACCUCUGCAUAGCCGCUUUGUCAGGCCUCGCGGCUUGCCCUUGAAGCCCGUCUCCCGCUGGGGCUCGCUGUCGUCGGUCUUCCACAGCCUGUUCCCACGUACCCACCACCGGAUUCUAGCGCGCUACUCCUACUUCCGCAUCGAAGCUCUCCCCCGUUUUAAACACCGUGUCCAGUCUCGCAUCUACAGAGCAAUAGUCGAGAGGCAGGCUCGCAUCCUCAAGAGACGAGCUGCCAGACGGACCGGUCUCUUCGGUCUCUUAUUCCCCCGACAGCGACUAGCAGGACGAAGCUUGCUAGGCGGCAGACACAGCCCCUCAGUGAUAGCUCCAGGGUGUGGUGGACGGACGACGAAACAUGGGACCGGCAGCACGGCAGGCAUAGGCAUCCAGACCGGAAUGUUGAGCUCUACUGGCGCGCGGAUGGAGGUCGGCGGUGGUAGCGGCAACGGUAAUGGGAAUGGCAAUGGUAGCGGCACCGGGACAGGACUGGGAGAAGAACGGUACGAUAGCAAUGGCCGCGAGAGAGGAGCAAGGCGGAAGAAGAUGUUCGGUUACUUGAAGGCGGCCAAUGAUCUACGGCAGGCGUACUCGGCUCAGUGGACGAGGGGAUAUCAAGACCAAGAUGCGAGCAGUCCCGGUAUGCCCGGCGGUUUUCCUGAGGCCGAGGGAUCAAUUCACGGAGACGAGCAGAUGAUACUGUUUCCAAGCUACGGUAGGCGGCAUCUACGAGGGAGUGAACACCAUUCCUCCUCUACCGAGUUUGAAUCUGCCUUACCCAGCGCCCAGAACGAGUGCUAUAGGCCCGAAAGCGAAAAUGCCAUCGUCGACGUCGACGCUCGUGGCUGGAUAUACUCCCCCCAGCGAGGGCCCAUGAACAGAAAGACUCGCAUCUUGCUUGCCCUUGCCAGACGCUUAAGUGGCAUACAAACUCCAAGUGCAGCAUCGUCCGAUGUCGAGGACCUGUCCGCUCCUGGGAGCCCAAAGUCGCCAGGGCAAGAUGACGCCUCCAUCAAUCAAAGGGUCGAAUCAAUCAUGCAUAAAGCCCAGGAUAACGUUGAGGAAACCCAACAGACUUCACAGCUGUCUCCAGAGCAGAUGGCCGCCGCCAACGCACAGCUCAUGGAGCGUCUGACUCCGUUUUUAACGAUCCCUGCCGUCAACAUCCCCGUUACUGUUUUUUUCUUCAACCGGACGCAGAGCCAGUCAAGGACCAUAUCGACAAAUGCUAGCGGCCAGUUUAUUCUCCGCGCAUCACUCGAUUUUGUUCCAACCCAUAUUCGAGUACUGGGUGCUGAACACUUGUCUGCAACUGAGGAGGUUAGCUUAUCUGAGCCAAGCGGUAUCAGUCUUAUCAGCGAUAUAGACGACACGAUCAAGCAUUCCGCCAUCACGGACGGGGCAAAGGAGAUGUUCCGCAAUACUUUCGUAAGGAACCUGAAUGACCUUACCGUCGCUGGUGUUGGUGACUGGUACACAAAGCUCGCUCAAAUGGGAGUGGGCAUCCAUUAUGUCUCCAACUCGCCGUGGCAGCUCUACCCCUUGUUGAAGAAGUAUUUUGACUUGGCCGGACUUCCUCCCGGUUCGUUCCAUCUGAAGCAGUAUUCCGGCAUGCUCCAGGGGAUAUUCGAGCCCACCGCAGAACGGAAACGGCCAAGCUUGGAGAGGAUAAUACAGGACUUCCCCAACCGGAAGUUUAUCCUCGUUGGCGAUAGCGGAGAAGUUGAUCUUGAAAUCUAUACCGAACUUGCAAUGGCCAACAAGGGCAGGAUCCUUGGUAUUUUCAUCCGUGAUGUGACAACGCCUGCGGUACGCGGGUUCUUUGACAGAUCUGCCCCCCACCUCGAGAGACGGAGACGAAAUAAUUCUAGUAUCGAUUUUAGCAGCUUAUUAAAGACACCAGAAAACAAGCCUAGCUUACCGCCGCGGAGACAAGUGGAAGGAAACAAAGCUGAGCCAGAGGAGACGAUAGUUCCUAUGGGCAAUCUUAUUGACCUAGACGAUUGUGACGAUGAUGUGCCUAAACUUGAUAUUUCCAGCCAAAAGCCAGCUCACCAAGGGGCUCCUCCCAAACCAUCCAAACCAGAGGGGCUUCGCUCUGCGACAGUCGAACCGAAAACCUCGAAUACUAACACAUCCUCCCAAGCCUCAUCGACAAUUACAAGAAAACAAAUUCCAACCAUCCCUAAAAAGUCAGCCACGCUAACUCGCAGUCCGUCAACUGACAGCUACGUCAGCAGCUUCAGGAGUCAAGCUGCCAGCCUGUAUAACCAGUUACCCUCUGCCAGGGAAUAUGCUGAGAAAUUCUCCAAUGCUAUGCCUCUAUCCUCGAACAGGACUACCCCUACUUCCUCCCCAAAAGCGAAGCCUGCCCCUCCUCCAGUUCCUCCGCCACGCAGGAGCGCUACCGUAACGAACACAUCCCCUUCGACAUCGAAAUCGACCACAGGGUUCACAGGUCCAUCUUCACCCGUUUCUGAAGCAACGCAACCCUCACUCGAAAUUCCAGCCAACGAGCUAAACAGGGCAAACUCUAUGCCGCCCGCACCCUUCAGACGGAGAAACUCAUACCAAACUUCCGAUACACAAACAGGUAGCCUCAACAAACGAGAAGAAAUGUGGCUUCGACGCUGGGAGCGCGCCAAAGAAAGUCUCGAUCGCGAGGGGGUGCCUCUAUAUAGCUGGAGAGAUGGUAGCGACGUUGAGGAAGCAUGCUUACAUCUAGUCAAGGGCGCCCAGAAGGAUAUCGAAGGCAAAAGUUCGAACGAGAACUAA